CAUCGUGUAGGCUCGGUUUAUGUUUUGUUUCUUUAGUUAAUUCUGCCACCAGAGGCCUUUUAGGAGAGCAGUAGACAGACGUUAAGCCUUUGAUACAGCGGGUAUCGGUGUACCGGUGGCUGCUUGGUGUUCACGCCGUCGUUAGGAGCUGAUUACGGGCCUUUGCCGGUGCUGCGUCGCGCUGUUUGCUUCUCGGAGCUCCUCAAACACCGGAGUCAAGAACAAACUUCUAAUUAUUAGUAUAUCAAAAGGUUUAGCAUGUAGGUGGGUGGGGCUUCGGUGCUGACUUUAGGAGCUGUGUGCCUGGGAUUAGAGAGAAGUGACAUCAGAGAGAAGUUGUGCUGUGCAGUACUGCAAAUUUUGACAUUGAUCAAGUAAAUACAGGAAAUCAUGGCAGACCUUGGCAUCAGAGCAGGAGACAAAGUACUGCUGGUGUGGGCUCAGCCUUCAACACCUACAGCCCUGAAGCAGUACGCAGAGGAGCUGGGAGCGGUCGUCGGUGCGGACGGCAGAGUGGCGGUGGAGAACAUGGAGAGGCUGCUGCUGUCCUCUCAUGCGGCCUCCACUUUCGACUGGGUGCUCUCUUGCCUUUUGGCUGACAGCUCCUCCAUCCACACUUCAGAGACUCUAGCAGAGAUAGCCAGAGUGCUCAAACCUGGAGGGCGGCUGGUCCUCGAUGAACCAGUUACAGGAUCAGAAGGACAAAGUGUGAAGACAGCUGAGAAGCUGGUGUCGGCUCUGAAGCUGUCCGGCUUUAUGUCAGUAACAGAGGUCAGCAAAGCAGAGCUCAGUCCUGAAGCGCUGAGCUCCCUCAGGACAGCCUCUGGUUACCAAGGAGACACCCUGUCUCGAGUCCGCGUAUCUGCCUCCAAACCUGACUUUGAGGUGGGGUCAUCGAGCCAGAUCAAACUGUCGUUCGGGAAAAAGACAGCCAAGCCAGCAGAGAAACCUGCUCUGGAUCCCAACACGGUGAAAAUGUGGACGCUGUCAGCCAACGACAUGAACGAUGAUGAUGUGGAUCUGAUGGACUCGGAUGCUCUGCUGGAUGAAGAUGAUUUGAAAAAACCAGAUCCAGCUUCUCUUAAAGCUCCCGGCUGUGGAGAAGGAGCCGGCAAGAAGAAGAAAGCCUGCAAGAACUGCACGUGUGGGCUAGCUGAAGAGCUGGAGCAGGAGAGUAAAGGAAAACAGAAGACUGAUCUGCCAAAAUCAGCCUGUGGAAGUUGUUACCUUGGCGAUGCUUUCCGAUGUGCCAGCUGCCCGUACUUGGGGAUGCCGGCGUUCAAGCCGGGAGAGAAAAUCGUUCUGGACAACACCACACUGACAGACGCUUGAAACACGAUUUCAGCGACCUGCACUGCUCAAACUUCAAGACAUGACAUUCCUCUUUUCCGACCCUGCAGACACGAUUCCCUCCGGUUACACCCUGAGGAGCAGCGAGGUGCCUCACUGAGCCUUAUUUUGUUUAUUAGUCACACUGGAGUGACACAGGGGUAAAAAUGCACUGAGAGUUUGAGUCCUGCUGUGAUGAGAUUUAAAAUAUAAACUCUCAAAAUGAUCAGUGCAAUUACACCAUACAGAAGUUUUUAUUUUUUCCAGCUCUCAUCUGUCAGCUGGAUUGCAGUUGUCCAUCAUUGAAACUUCAAUAGAAAUGAUUUAUUGUUGACUACAAAGUCUGUAGUGAGAGCACCUUCACCUGAAGGGUUUCUAGGUCAUCCUGAAAAGCUGACACGCUUUCUUUAUUCCUUGUAUUUAAA